AUGGUUCUCGUCCCCUAUGACCAGUCGCUGUCAGAGCUCCGAUUGUUGAAUUCAACAUCUUUUGAUCACACAAAGACUUUCAACAUACCAAGAAACAAACUGUUCAACUCUCUUCAUUUCCGCCCAUCAACCUCCCAGCCGCCUCAACCUCGCCGCAUCGCGCCCUCUGAAAAGAGUAGUAAAAAGCGACCACUGAGAAAGUGCAAGAGGAGAACAUCGUCACCUGUCAGAAAAUCACAUUUGCCCGGUAAUACGAAUUCACAUCCCACAAACUUGCCGUCUGGUCACUCUGCGCCCAUUAAAUCGAACACAACUUCGGAAAUUCGACCGGUAAAACGAAUUCAUAUUAUACAAACUCGCCAUCAGAGUUACUCGUCAGCCGCGCCAUAUCAGUCUUCUGAGUACUUGGAAGAUAAUCAGAAGGGCGUUGAGCUCCGCAAGCAGGCCCUAUGGGACCAUUGCCGUUGA